AUGCCGGCUACCGACAGACGGAACGGCGCGGAGGAUACCACUCCUGAUCUUGCAUGCACUCGCUGUCGUGAGCGAAAGAUCCGCUGUGGUAGGGAACGCCCUGAGUGCAGCAAUUGCCAACGAGACGCCGACACAACUUGUGUCUACCAGAACCCUGUCAGGCGAGUGAAUCAUACUAAAUUGCUAUGUGACAGCGUUGAUCAGCUUCAGAGCCGUUUGACUUCCAUUGAAUUGCAACUUGGCCGACUUUCAAACGCCGUGGCCCGGAAUAUAGAUUAUGACGAAGACGAGUAUGUUGUCACGCAGGCUUCUUUAGGUAGACCGGAUGAAGCUGGAACUUACGAGCCGGACGAAGAAGAGUGCAUACAACCAGAAAGUCCUGUCUUGCCGGCAGAUGAUUUUGCUCAUUCCCACAUUUUCCAUAGCGAUGUCGAUAUGGUUGACCGCUAUCACGGAAUUUCAUCGCCCUUUGCACUUUGCAACCGCCUAUAUCUACGGACCCAGGCCAUACCUAAAUCAAUGGAGUCCAAUGAUCUUCUAGGGCUGCUCAGAGACCUGUGCGAGACGGCUGGUGGAACCGAACCGUUUCCGACAUACAAUGAUAACUGCCCAACUCAGCUACCUCCCAAAAAACAGGCCAUUGCUGCUGUUAAUUAUUACUUCAAGCAUAUUGACUGUACGACCGAUAUCUUCGUGCAAAGGAAUCUGCUUAGUAACCUCGAACGUGUCUAUUCACAGCCAAACAGGCCAGGAGAUGACACAUGGGCGGUAUGUCUCAAGGCUAUCACGUUGCUUGUACUAGGCAUGGAGAUUUCAACACAAGCAGGUAACGCUCUCUUUGGCGACUUUGCCUGCUCCAUGCUCCCUAGUCGUGCUACACUGGUCAGCUCUUUCUUGUUGAAUACACCGCGAUUGAUCAAUGUGCAGACACUUAUCCUUCUAAGUAUUGCAGCACAACAGUUCGAUCCACUGGGCUGGUCAGAUCUCCUAUUUGUCCAUGCUUGUAUCUUGGCUAGAACUAUGGGGUUACACAAAGCAGAGCUUUUACCUUCCGAUGCGAGCUCUGAUGAUGCUGUUGAACGAGCCAAAGUCCUUCGAUCGUUGUACGUUCGGGACAAGAGCCUAUGUAUCACGAGGGGAUCUGUAUCAUGGUUGACCAGCUACGACUGCAAUAUCACCACUCAACUCAAAAUUGCUGUAGAGCGGCAUGCUUCUUAUUCAAGCCGUAUACAACUAGCAAUGAUCCAAGAUGAGCUUUAUCAUAUAACUGGUGCACCCUCGGGCUGUAGGAGAGCCUCGGGUUUGAAAAUGUCGCAGUCAAAACCAAAGUCUAUUAAGCAGCAGCUAGAUCAGCUUUCUAGUGAUUACAGUCUUCUCAGCAGUCCAAGCGCCUCCCUUCUACCUCAUAAUGUUUUCAUUGCGAUGGAAUUUCUCAGCACGCGCAUUGUGGCCCUGAGUCUCGACUCGGAUGCGCGUCAUACGGAGAGUCUUAUGUCAAAUGCUAGGGCCAGCUGUUUACUAUUGUUGAUUGCGUAUGGGGACCGAAGUCCUAUGGUAAUCGAAGCCUACCACACUUCCACUAGUACUCUUUCGUCCAGCAGAAAUCGUGCCUCUGCCUCCGCUGAAACAUAUAAUAGAACUUUCACAACCUUGCUUGAUGCUUUCUCGGUGCCAGCAUUCUUUAUCCUCUUUGAACAGCUUGCUUUUCAGACAAUUGAAUGCGAUACUGACAUAAAAUCACACGCUGAUUGGGAGCUGUUGCGCAAAGUCUCUUCGUGCUACGCCAAAGGUAGCUCGCAAACACCGUCCCAAAGCUACCAUAGCAGGGUAGCUAGGAUAUUCAAUCAACUACUUGAAAAUGAUCAUCUCUUUAAACGACGCCAAUCAAGUUCAUAUACAUCUACCUCCUCGCUCGCAGUGGUGGCUGAAUCGAUGCAGUCAAACUCAUCGUCAGAUCAACAUCUAGCCUUGGAUCCGGAGACCACCAUGAUUCCACCUGUACCUCCAGCUCUCUUAAAUGGGCAUAUUUCAGACUUAUCCCACCUAACUGCGUCGAGUGGUUCAUUUUCCUGGGAGAGCUUGCUAUCUGUGCCGAAUGCAUUAGACCCGCCAACUCCAAUGGAUGCACAGAACUUAAUUCACCCUUCUGGAGCAACCGAUCUCCUGAAUCAGUUACUAGAUGUUCCUCAACAUCAUUCCAAGCCCGCAUCUGAUUCUAUACAGUGGCAUCCCAUGCAUCAUGAUCAGCUCCGGGCAAGGAAGCGUUUGAGGAUGGCUGACGAUUAG